UAUUUGCAAAGACGGUGGUAUCCAAAAGGCCGUAUGCUAACACGUUUGGUAUCUGGUUUUAGCUUCGACUCGGGAAUCGGGAUCCUCGCCGUACAGUCCUGGAAAAUUUCUUGAUAUAAUUAUCCACCAGGAGGGGGAGAAAGAACGAGAGAUGGCUUCGCCGCCGGAGAACGAUUGCUGCUCGGUUUGCCAUGAUGAUUUCACCCUCCCCUGUCAGGCCAAUUGCUCCCAUUGGUUCUGCGGACGUUGUAUAUUACGAGUGUGGCAUCAUGGUUCUGCCCUUCAACCAUGCAAAUGCCCCAUAUGUCGGCGUUCGAUAACUUUGCUGGUACCUACUGAUGCUGCAAUAAGUCAACGCCAUGAUCUGGAAGCUAGUCAAGUUCUGGAAAACGUAAGGAAGUACAAUCGUCUGUUUGGUGGAGCUCCAAACAGCCUCAUUCAGAGGUUGCGGGAUCUUCCAUUUUUCAUUCGGAGGUUGUCAAGAGAACUGAUGGACCCUCAAAGGUCUCUUCCUCUAGUCAUCAGGGCACGGAUGAUGUUUGCAAUGGCACUUAGUGCGAUCUAUGUCUUGAGCCCAGUGGACAUUCUUCCAGAAGGAGUAUUGGGGAUAGUGGGUUUGUUGGAUGAUUUUUUGUUCCUGCUGAUUGUUUUUCUCCAUCUGGCUGCUAUAUAUCGAUCUGUACUUGUUUAUCGGCAUGGAAGCCCUUGAAUUGAAUGGUUGUUCGUGGUCUAAACAUUGUGUGCAUCGUGUAGAACUUAUUUUUCUAGUAAAUCUCGCAAAAUAAUAGUCAAUAGUUGAAUUCAUUUGAAGAGUGUUAUUUCUUUGGUGGUGCUUCUUUUCUAGUGUUUCCAAUAACAAUCUGUUUUGCAGUACAAAGAAACAUACACCAAAUUGUUAUUUGUAAGGGGUUUUUCAUGCAUGCUAAUUUUAUUUGCUACAGGAGUAUAGAAACAUGAGUUCUCAAAAAUCAAAAGAGCAUAUGUUUUGUGCUGGCAUUUAUGGUGAUUGCAAUGGUAGCUCAAAACACAUGCUUUUUUGAUGUUAGAAAAGUCACGUUUCUGUACGCCUGUAGCAAAUCACUGGCGUGCAUGAAGAAUUCUUUACAAAUGCCAAUUUGUUAUAUAUUACUUCAUUUUGCAAAAGAAACAGCUAUUGGGAACACUAGACAGGAAGUACCAUCAAAGAAAUCUCACUCUUCAAAUGAAUUUACCUGUUGACUGUUAUCUUGAGAGAGGAAAAAAAAUCCGAUGGCAUAUUCUAUGUAUGUGAUCUGUGAUUAUAAAAAAACUACCUCCCAACUCAAAGAUCUGCAGCCAUUUACUGUGAAUACUAUCAUGCUUGUUCUUUAUAAUUUAGAAUGAUGGGCAAAAACUUUGGAGAAAGAAGUUUGAUAA